AAGAAAAAAAGAAAGAAAGAAAGCAGACUUGGAAUCAGGGGUCGCAGUUGGAUCUGGCAACCCAGGCCGGUUCAGCUGGCUGCGCUCAGCCCCAGUCCGGAUCUUCACUCCACCUGGAUGCGGUCACUUUUCUGUCCUCUGCUUUAACUUUACUUUCUUUUCUUCUUCUUUUCUUUUCUUCUCAUCGCUUCGAAAACAAGGCGCAAAAAUGGCCGGAGCGAUCAUCGAGAACAUGAGCACCAAAAAGUUGGUGAUUGUUGGAGUUGUUCUGCUUCUCUUCCAGGCUUUUGCCUUCAUGGUCGGAGGGCUGAUCGCCCCUAGUCCCACCACCGCCGUCCACUACCUGGCCACUAAGUGUGUGGACAACCAGAAGGGACACAAUCAGGGCCGGAAGUGGUUCAUGCCCUGGGGCCCGAACCAGUGCGACAAGAUUCGAGACUUUGACGAGGCCAUGGCCAAGAGGAUCGAGGCCAACAACAUCGUCUUCUCCGUCCACAUCCCUCUGCCCAAUAAAGAGAUGAGUCCCUGGUUCCAGUUCAUGCUCGUCAUCCUGCAGUUCGACAUCGCUUUCAAAAUGUACAACCAGAUCGAGGACGGAGCCAUGGCCACUAUAGAUGUCAGCCUGGCCUACAGAGACGACACGGUGAGCGAGUGGACAGAGAUGGCUCAAUCUCUGGAGCAACGCAAACUAAGCUGUAACUUCACUACAGCUAAGAUCAUAGAGAACGAGGGUCGCUACUACGAAUGUGACCUCUUGCCUUUCAUGGAGGUCGGCACUGUGUCCCAUAAAUACUACCUGGUGAACGUCAGGUUACCGGUGAACGAACGUAAGAAGGUGAACGUGGGAAUAGGCGAGAUCAAAGACAUCCGCCUGGUGGGAAUCCAUCAAAAUGGUGGCUUCACUAAGGUCUGGUUUGCCAUGAAGACCUUCCUCACUCCCAGCAUCCUCAUCAUCAUGAUCUGGUACUGGCGGAGGAUCACCUUGAUGACCAGACCGCCCGUCCUGCUGGAGAAGGUGAUCUUUGCACUGGGGAUCUCUAUGACCUUCAUCAACAUACCAGUGGAGUGGUUCUCCAUCGGAUUCGACUGGACGUGGAUGCUGCUGUUCGGAGACAUUCGUCAAGGAAUCUUCUACGCCAUGCUCCUCUCCUUCUGGAUUAUCUUCUGUGGAGAACAUCUCAUGGACCAGACGGAGAGGAAUCGCUUCUCCAUGUACUGGAAGCAGGUGGGACCCAUCGUCUUUGGCUCCUUCUGCCUCUUCAUCUUCGAUAUGUGUGAGAGAGGAGUGCAACUGACCAACCCAUUCUACAGCAUCUGGGCUUCAGAUGUUGGCACCGAACUGGCCAUGGCAUUCAUCAUCGUGGCUGGAAUAUGCGCCUGCCUCUACUUCCUGUUCCUGUGCUUCAUGGUGUUCCAGGUGUUCAGAAACAUCAGCGGUAAAAGAUCGUCUCUGCCGGCGAUGACCAAAGCUCGCCGUCUGCAUUACGAGGGUCUUAUCUUCCGCUUUAAGUUCCUGAUGUUGGUCACUCUGGCGUGUGCGGCCAUGACCGUCAUCUUCUUCAUCAUCAGUCAGGUGAACGAGGGACACUGGCACUGGGGAGAUUACACGGUUCAGAUAAACAGCGCGUUCUUCACCGGGAUUUACGGCAUGUGGAACCUGUACGUGUUCGCCCUCAUGUUCCUGUAUGCGCCGUCACACAAACGCUACGGAGAAGAACAGUCCAGCGGAGAUCAGGGAGGGAACAGUGGAGAGGACAUCCAGCUCACCACCACCAUCACCCAUGCUGACGGACCCACUGAGGUGUACAGAAUGAUGGGAAAGGAGUCGCAGGAAUAGGCUCUUAUAUCUCACUUCCUACUUCCUCCAUCUUCUGACAUUUUAUAGCCACCGCUCUUUUAUACACUCCUCCUGAUGUGUGCUGUUCAGGCACCUGAUCCAACCUUCUCCUUAUCCAAGUGCCCUUGAUCCAGUGCUGAGGCUCAUUUUGUGUUCUUCUACUGUAUAGAUUUCCUCUUUCAGCUCCGAUAUUCAGAUUCAGCACGACUAAGCCACUUGUAUAACAAUUUAAAAAAAAAAAGCUCUCUGCGAUGCUGCCUCUUUAGGCCACCUUCCUCCAAAUUAGAUGCAGAGAUUGGGACAUUUUCCCUGCAUAGUUCCUUAAUAACAAUUAUUGGAAAUUAUUAGAAUCUUUCUAAUUACAAAUUUCAUAACCUACCACUAUUGUAUGUACAAAACAACACAUUGUUGGGUUUUUUUUUUUCCCUGUUUGUUUUUUUCUCUAUUUUUCCCUUGUAUAUAGCUAGCUAACUGGGUAAAUAUCCAGCUACGAUAGCAGCAGGAUGGUGGUGAAUAUUUUUAUUUGUAUUUUUUUUUUUUGGGUUACAUUACAUCAAAUUGCCUUGUUUUUAUUUUUUUUUGACACCCAAUUGGAAUUUUUUUACCAUCCAACUUUCCCAAAGGUCAUUUAACAAACUUCACGUGAUGAAACGAAAUAUUAAGACACUUUUUUAGGCUGCCGGAAGGGUAAAAUGUCCAUGAGGAAGUCGGGGAGAUAAGCAGGAGUAAAAAAAAAAAAAAAAAGUUUUGUUAUAGAGGAACUGGUCCUUCAGAGGAGGGAUUAGUGAGGUGGAUUUUGGUGCCAUCUUGUGGACGGAAGUGUAAGUUACAAAGUGUAUGACUGUCAUCUCAUUGACCAAAUCGUGAGGAAAAAAGUUUUUGGGCAUUACCAAGCAGGUAAUUUAUUUUAUCUGUAGUUCAGCAUUCUUUCAGCUAGCAGUGUGUGGAUAAUAAUCAUGGGGUACAGUGUCACAAUCCUGCAUUAGAAAACUUUUCCUCAACUGAUUUUUAUUUCCUUUGUAUGAUGAUGAAUUCGGGAUCGUCUCCUCUGAGAAAGACAGGGGUCAUCUUGAAAAUUCUGAAAAAUAAGGAACUAUUCUUCAUAAAUGCAUCAGAUUGUGUAUCACUGAUUUGGUCACAGGAUAUUACCUAAUGUAUGUUUUUUUCCUCAUUUAAUGUUAAAGUUUAAAACUGUACGUUAGCCUGUUUUUAAACUUGUGAUCUAGUAUACGCCCUUCCUCUCCCCCCCACACACACACACGUUUAUAACACUGCAGCGGUCAGCAUUUUCCCUCCAUCAUGUUUUACAACACAUUAAGUUCAUACCUAGUAUGUUACGAUGUAGAUAUAUUUUUUAAAAAGUGCUUAUUUUCAACUGUUAGCUGUAUCACUGUCUGUUGUAUAAUAAAAGGACUUUUUCACAA